AUGAUAAUAUUAUGUAAUAGAAGUAGUUCAGUUCAAAUUUGCCUGUACAGUGAAUUCUUUGAAACGAUCAAGUUUUCCAUCGAAUAUGAUUAUACCUAUCCAUGGGCCAGAGUAAAUCAUACAAUUCUUUUUAUAGCAUUAUUUUCCAGUGGAGAAGUGAAUGAGUGGCUAAUGAUUGAGUUACAAGGUGAUGUUUUGAGCAAAACAGAUAGUCCAUUAGAAGGGAAAAAUUUAGGUGAUCUGCAUUUUUCACAGGAGAAUGGCGAUCCAAUUCUUCUUAUUGGUCAUCAUGUACUUUUCGGGAAAUUAGUUGCUCUUGAAAAGCCUAUGCUUGUCACAAAAAGAAACACCACGUCUGGAAGUUUACAGUAUGAUGUAGUUUCUGUUAUUCGGCGUAAAUUGUUGUUUAAAACACGACCUAAACCGAUCAUCUUAAGUGCUUCCAAAAAAGUUUGA